AUGUCGGAUGUGGACUUUAUGCGCGUCUGGCAGCUCAUCCACGAGCUCGCCGAGCAGAACGCCCACAAUCAAAAGGUCGCGGCGAACCUCAUAGCGCAGGCCAGUGCAUUGAAGAAUGAGGCUGCUCAGGCAAAUAGUGGGUUCAACCUUCGCAGGGUGAACACAGACAUCUCGAAAGAAUUCUUCGAUUCGGAGCUGGAGCGUCUGAAUGCCCAAAUUAUCAUCGAGAACCAGACCCUCUCGCACGAAAACAAGCAGCUUAGCAUGCUCCUCAAGGAGUACGAGCAGACCAUGGAGACUGUCAUGCAGAAAUUCCGCGGGCACGCCCAAGCCGCGCAGAUGCACGAGCUCACCCUCGCGCGGCACUAUGAGACCCUCCUCCUCUCGCGCGACUCGCACACGCUGCACGCCGACCUGACCGCGGGCGACGCCGCCACGCACGCGCUCCACCGCCUCGCCGCGUCCCUCCGCGCGCUCAUGCGCUCCCUGCACGGCGAGGAGCCCUCCCCGUCGCACAGCCCCAGCCCCGAGUCCAACACCACCUCCGAGCACCCCACCUCCUCCUCCCCGUCCCCAUCUUCCUCCUCCCAGUCGCCCUCCUCUUCCUCCCAAUCUCAGGAGGAUGCCAUACCGGACUACAACUGGGCGCUCGAGCGCGAGCUCGAGAUCGCGCGGCUGCAGCAGGAAAACGAGGCCCUCCGCCAGCACCUGGGCAUCGACGAGCGCGCCGCGGCGGCGCACAACAUCCGCGCGGAGGUCGACGACGAGCUCGCGCGGCUCAAAGUCCCCUCGGGCUACUUCCCCCCCGCCCCCGCGCCCUCCCAAUCCCAGGGCGGGGGUGCACAAGACAUGUUCGCGCCGCGCGCGCCGCACCACGGGUUCGUCGUGCGCGCGGAGGGGCCUGGGCGCGGGGUGGGCGUGCGGCGGCCGGCGAUGUUCGGGAGCCAGCGGGGGGGGAGGGGCGGCGGCGCGCCGGGGCUGUGGGGGGAUCGCGGGCAGGGCGGGGAGAGGCCUGGGGAUUGGACGGCGGGGGCGCCGGAGACGUCGCCUCUGGAUUUCCGGUGGUAGCGCUAGCGGAGGUUGAGUUUUUUUGUGUCGUAUCUUACUUCGCUGUCGGAUGCAUCGCUUUCUUUAUCGUGAUCACGACACUAAGGGCAAUCUGCACACCGAGGAUUCAGGCGAGGAAGAUAGACGCAAUACGGAUUAUGUACUAUUUGACGGGGGAAGCAGGCUACUGAGGUGGUAUAUACAGGAUCUAAGUACUAUAAUGUAACGUAUAAGUGCAGCGAACACGAGAGCGACGACGACGAGAGCUAGCUAAGCGAUACCGAUACAAAUUCUACAAGAGCCACCUCGCCCGAACCUACAACCAACCACUGAACCAAAACCUGGCAAUAAACUCUAGUCCAACCCCCCCCCCC